CCGCAACGGUUCGGCCCAGAGGCAAGCAAGGCCCACCCCUCGCGGGCAGGCGCGAGCUCUAGCUCGUGAAGUCUGAGCGGGUGGGGAUAAGCCGUGUGGGUUUCAAGAAGAUGCCACGCCUCCGCCGCCACCACGCCUCCGGCUGCCGCGCCCGGAGGAGGCCGGGAUGUUAUCACUUCCGCCGGGGCCUCUCACUGCGUCCGGGUCAGCUGCUGCCGCCGCCGCCGUGCCGCUGCGGCCGGGGGAUUGGGCUGGGGUCUCCACCGCCGAGCCAGGGGAGCGAGCUCCGCUCGGCGCUGCUUUUUGCGACCUGGCCGUCAGCCCCACGUCGCCGGCCUGGAGGGGCGAAGAGGACGAGGGGGCCAAGGCUUCCUCCGGGGACAUUGGCUCUCUGGAUUAUCAAGAGUUUGUAGUUGACAUUGAAUCCAGGCUGAGGAUGGAAGGUGUGGAACUUAAAGAAGAAUGGCAAGAUGAAGAUUUUCCGAUACCUUUACCAGAAGAUGAUAGUAUUGAAGCAGAUAUACUAGCUAUAACUGGACCAGAGGACCAGCCUGGCUCACUAGAAGUUAAUGGAAAUAAAGUGAGAAAGAAACUAAUGGCUCCAGACAUUAGCCUGACACUGGAUCCUAGUGAUGGCUCUGUAUUGUCAGAUGAUUUGGAUGAAAGUGGAGAGAUUGACUUAGAUGGCUUAGACACACCAUCAGAGAAUAGUAAUGAGUUUGAGUGGGAAGAUGAUCUUCCAAAACCCAAGACUACUGAAGUAAUUAGGAAAGGCUCAAUUACUGAAUACACAGCAGCAGAGGAAAAAGAAGAUGGACGACGCUGGCGUAUGUUCAGGAUUGGAGAACAGGACCACAGGGUUGAUAUGAAGGCAAUUGAACCCUAUAAAAAAGUUAUCAGCCAUGGGGGAUAUUAUGGGGAUGGAUUAAAUGCCAUUGUUGUGUUUGCUGUCUGUUUCAUGCCUGAAAGUAGUCAACCUAACUAUAGAUACCUGAUGGACAAUCUCUUUAAAUAUGUUAUUGGCACUUUGGAGCUAUUAGUAGCAGAAAACUACAUGAUAGUUUAUUUAAAUGGUGCAACAACUCGAAGAAAAAUGCCCAGUCUGGGAUGGCUCAGGAAAUGUUAUCAGCAAAUUGAUAGAAGGUUACGGAAAAAUCUAAAAUCCCUAAUCAUUGUACAUCCUUCUUGGUUUAUCAGAACACUUCUGGCUGUUACAAGACCAUUUAUUAGCUCAAAAUUCAGCCAAAAAAUUAGAUACGUCUUUAAUUUGGCAGAACUAGCAGAGCUUGUCCCCAUGGAAUAUGUUGGCAUACCAGAAUGCAUAAAACAGUAUGAAGAAGAAAAGUUUAAAAAGAAACAAAAAAGAGUUGAUCAAGAGCUUAAUGGAAAACAAGAUGAACCGAAAAGCGAACAGUAAGUUUGGCAUCUAGUCCAAACAAGACUGAAGAAUGUGCUGAUGGAGCAGUGCUGUUUUUGCAUUCAUAAUGCAUUUAUUGGCCCAUAUUUUUAUGUAACCUGUUACAAAACCGACUUGACUUUUUCAUAAUGGACUUUUGUAUUAUACAAGGGACUGUUCACUGCUGUAUUGGUUUGCAAAUCUCUUGAAUUUAGCUCUUUAAUAGCUAACUGUAUUAUUAUUUUAUAUUUUGUAUUGCUAAAUAGCAGAGAACUACACUAUAUAAAGCAGUUUUUGCAUUUGUUUAUUGAAUGAUGCAUCUUCCGUGAAAUAUUUAUAUGCAUAAAUGGCAAGGGAAAGAAAUAAUAUAUAUUUUUAUGUUAUUGAGCAAUAUUUUUUAAUGUGUACCUAUCUUAUGGAAGAAAUAUGCAGAUAAAUAAGACCAUGAUUUUGUAAAGUGCAUAUUAGAAUUUUUGUUUUUGUAAAUGGUUAAAUACAUUUCCUGGGUAACUUAGAAAAUUAAGUUUCUCAUAAGGCAACAGACGGUUAAACUGAUUCUCGUGAACCCAAAGAUCAUGUAUAUAAUCGAAGUGUAUUAGUACCAUCCCAAGAUUUUUUUCUUAUUUAACAUAUAUUGUUUCAUAAUUCAGCAAGUACAAAUGCAAGCAAGCGCAUUGCACACUGUUUCCUUUUUAAACUUAAAGACAAGUCAAAAAGCUAUUUUUAGAACUAAAGGAUUUAAGAGGCUAGGAAUUGGGGUUUGUGUAUAUGUAUAUAUGGGACAUUUUAUCUUCUGGCCCCAAGUCAGAACUUUAUAAAAAUCUUGAGUUUGUUCACUAAUGUGAAAUAAGCUAUGUGUCCAGGGUAUUGCUCCCCUGAGUGUGUGUGAGUGCUGAGUAGCAUUGCAGAGAAUGUGAUGAGUUAUUCACUGUCACAACUUUUUCUAUAGAAAACAGGGGCUGCCUUUUAAACUGCUCUCACUGUGGGCACUUUACCAAAAUACUUCCAUGUCAAUUAUUUGAACUCAGUAGUUGUUUGACCUAGUUAGCUCUGGUGUUUAUUCAAGUUUCUAUGAAAUCAUGUUUGACAAUACUAUAAAUUAGGUUAAUUUUGUAAGUCUGAGAGAGCAUCAUCAUAUUGUGCUGUUUUAGGUAACACAUUUGUUACAAGCAUUUAAACUGUUUCAUUUGGUAAGUACCUUUACAUUGAAAUAAAUUGUGUUUGUGCCUCCAAACAGAAAGUUUAAUUACCAACAAAAUUAUUUCUAAAACAACAGAUUGAUCUAAUACUGUGUCAUUUACCUGAAAGAUUGAUCUAAUACUGUGUCAUUUACCUGAAAGACUCAUAUACAGCUGAUAAGCAUAAUACCUGCCAAAUUUGAAGGUCAUGGCUACUCUUCAACCCUUCCUGUAAGGUAUUUUGCAAAACAGUGGCCUAGGGUAGCAAAAUUGAAGUGGAUGUGAGCUAACCUUUUAGGAUUUAUUCUAUCCUAGAUUGAACACACAUGUGGCUGUUACCAUUCUCAUGUACUUAUAAGCCUUCUGUUACAAAAGGGAACUUUCCUAUACUUUUUGUCCUCAGUCCUAAACUUGGCAUGCUAACUUAAAACCAGUUCUAAGAGAGAGAUGCUGGAGGAUUCCCAGGAUGAAACAUUCCUCAGCAGCCUCCUGACUUAACCCGGAUCCAGCAGCUCUUGGCAGAUCCUGAACUAAUGUCAUUACAGUGAAUUGAGCCAAAACCAUUAUUGCUUGCUCACAUCUUAGGAACACUUUUUGUUGAAGAAGCAAACUAACAGUAACAAGUUAGGCAUUCCUUCUGAAUUUACCAUAUGAGGAUUAUGUAUAAACAAUUGUAUUGAAUUUGUCAUUAGAUUCUAUAUUGGUAGACGAUUUAACGUAGUCUUUCAUCUAUACAUCUUUACCUUGCUCACAAUGGGCUGAGGUUUUUAAUAGGUGGUUUUCUACCACAUUAAGUACUUGGUUCUUCAGUUUAAAAAAUACGAAGAAUAACUUCAACUCUUUUUGCGUUGUUUUGAUUUUUGAUUUUGCAGUCAUUGUUCCUAAUGGUAGAUACGUGUUGCAAAAGUGAUGUUUUUCUGAAUUUUUUUUUAAAAAGUAGAAGACUGUUCUGUUAACCAUUAAAAUUCAGAGACAACAGUGACAACACCUGGGAUAUAAUGAAAAUGAGGUGCUGUGAAUCAGUGAACUAAAGGGAUACCUGCUUUAACCUACACCUGAAUGGAAUGUGGUAUAGAGAUGUACCCACAAUAAAUGUUUUAUAAAAUUUAAGAUCAUAACUAGUAGGUUAGAGGAAGAGCACUAAGUCUGUUGUUUCUAAUCUAUAGCUAUGCAACAUUUUCCCAUAUUAUUCCAUUUUAAUUUCCCAUUACUUACUGAGGUGAAAGGAUAUGUGAUUGUACUUUUUAUCUUUCUGUUGGGAUCGUGGAUCUAAUUUAACUGGCUUAUUUUGAUGCUUCUGUCACUAGGCUCUAAGUGCCCCUUUUUUAGUCAGAAGUUUUUCAUGUGAAAUAAUUUGAUUCUGUGCUCUGCUUGAGCGUACUCUUAGGCAAGCACCAAGGGAAGAUGUUCUAUUCACCCCACAAUUUAAGCCUAACAGUCUAACUCAGAGGGAGAUAUGAAGAAAUAUGAUUCUAAGUAGGGUCUAGCAGAGUCAUUGGAAAGUGAUAAAACUAGAAAUAAGAGAAAGCAAACCUUUAUAAAGGGAUAAAGACAUAGCUGUCACCUAAUAUGCCACUGUAUGUGUGUCCUUUUUUUUUUUUUUUUUUUUUUUUUGGAGACACAGUCUCACUCCAUCACCCAAUCUGGAGUGCAGUGGCACAAUCUUGGCUCACUGCAACCUCUGCCUCCUGGGUUCAAGCAUUUCUGCUGCCUCAGCCUCCUGAGUAGCUGGGAUGACAGGCACACGCCACCAUGCCGGGCUCAUUUUUGUAUUUUUAGUAGAGACAGGGUUUCACCAUGCUAGGCUGGUUUCGAACUCCCGACCUUGCCAUCUGCCUGCCUCAGCCUCCCAAAUGCUGGGAUUACAGGCGUGAGCCACCGCGCCUGGCCACGUGUGUCCUUUUCAUAUCUCACUCUUGCUGAACGUUGAUUUACUCUUCCAAAAUGGACUUCACUAGUAAGUGCACUGAAUACUGAAAUAUGCUGAUUGGCAAGCAUAUAUCUGUAGCUAGAAUUUUUUCAACCAUAAUUCCAGAAUUUAAAAAGGUAAGAGAUCUGCUUUUUGAUAGAAGCCUUUUAAAAAGACUGUAUAACUUUUCUAUUUGGCCGUUUAUGUGAAUGCUCAGGGAAUUUGGAAAUGUGUUUUAUACAGAAGUGGCUUUUUAUAUUUCUUCAAGUGAUAAAUUAGCAUUAGGACAUAUCAGAUAGAACAGGCCAGUUUCCUGAUGAGGUUGGUAGAGAUGUGACAGUAGGUUCAUCCUUCCUUUUCCCAUGUUAUAUGCAGAGAAGUGUUAAACUUGCUCAAGCAAACGGGAGUAGGAGAUAAGCUGAAAAUAGAGAUUGCUACACCAUUCUAUUUUGUUUUCAUGCCUGUUUUUUUCUCUAAUCCUAUAUGGACAUUUGAGAAAUGGACCACAAAUCUGAGCGGGAUACAGUAAAAGGUAUUAAUGUAUGUACUUACAAGUUAGGCCUAUUUUGCUGUUAAAGAGUCUGUCUUGUCAUAGGUCAUAGGAAGUGUGUAGUUUGAGUUGCUGGGAGAAAGAGUCAAGAACUUAGACUUGAAUGGGAAGGCCAACUGGUGAUGGAAGUGGGGUAUUAUCUACUCAAUGUUCUAAUACAAAAGAAUUACCUGGCAAGCAUCCCCCUCUGCCCUUCUUGAGAUUCUGAAUGAAUUUAGAAUCAAAUCAGUGGUGAGACCCAGUUAUGUCACUUUCCUUUGAAGUUCUAAAUGAUAAUUGAAAUUAAAGUAGUAUGGCAUGUUUAACAACAGUAAGGAGUGACAAUAAAAUUUAAAAGUUUGUUGCAACAAUUUAUAGUAGACCUACUUACGUUUUGAGAACUAAGUAAAAUGCUUUGAAAAGUUCACAUAAAGCACUUAAGCACCAAAUGAAAAUGAUUUCGUGCUUUCAAAUUAAUGAUAUUAGGCUUGUAGGAUGUCUUAGAAUAAAACAUGAUUCUAAGACAUCCUACAAGAAGUUAAAACAUUUGCAUUUUGAAAUUUGUAUGCAGUUUGGCUAAGGAGGAACUUGGAAAUUUUUAUGCAGUUUGGCGAAGGAGGAACUUGGAAAAUAACAUGCAUCAGCUUCUACACAGCACUUUUUGUAUAUGGACUUUGUAAAGUUUAAUGUCCCUUUAACAGUUGCUUGUUUAUUUGUGUAAACCUAGCUAGUAAAUAUUGAUGGUGUUCAGGGCCACUGACUUGCACAGCCCUUGGAGCACUAUUCGCACAGAACACAAUUCAGAGUUUAAGACCUUAACGCACUUUGAUACCUAUUUCAAAAAUACUUUUGUUACCACAAGUUCAUUGCUGUCAUUUAGGCAAAAUUAAUGUACUGUGAUGUUUUCCUACUCUUAGGAUGAUGUUGCCCAGCCUAGUACUGUCAUUUUACAUUGUGAGAAAUUCAGUUCUGAUGUCUGUGUGUGCAAGAUAUUAAUGUGGUCCCUGUAAGAAAUACCAGAGUUGGUCAUGAUUUUCUAAGGAGAUGUAAUAUUUUCUUUGACCUGUUAGGAAUAUAACUUGUGUCUUGAUUUGUUGCACAUCAUAUUUUUUGCAACAUUAAUGAAUUUAAAUAAAUUAAUUGGAACGUU